AUGUUGGCUUCUCUCGCCCUCGUUCUCAGCACUGCGCUCAGCGCCACCGCCCACUACACUCUGCCUCGUGUUGGCAAUGGCGCUGAUUGGCAGCACGUCCGUCGCGCUGACAACUGGCAGAAUAACGGUUUCGUCGGCAGUGUGACCUCUCCACAAAUCCGAUGCUUCCAGAACUCGGUAGCUGGAGCUUCGCAAACAUACAACGUCAGCGCCGGCUCUCAGUUGACUUACUAUGUCAACCCCAACGCCUACCACCCUGGACCGAUGCAAUUCUACUUGGCCCGCGUGCCUGAUGGACAGGACGUCACCAGGUGGGAUGGAUCCGGCGCUGUCUGGUUCAAGAUCUACCAUGAACAGCCCACAUUUGGCCAACAGCUCGGCUGGCCCAGUUUGAACAAGGGAUCAUUCCCCGUCACCAUUCCGCGUUGCAUCCGCUCUGGUUACUACUUGCUUCGUGCUGAGCACAUCGCCUUGCACUCUGCUUCCAGCCCCGGAGGCGCCCAGUUCUACAUCUCCUGCGCCCAGAUCGGAGUCACCGGUGGUGGUAACACUGAGCCCAGCAACAAGGUUUCCUUCCCCGGUGCCUACUCCGCCAGCGACCCCGGCAUUCAGAUCAACAUCAACUGGCCUAUCCCUACUUCCUACCGGAACCCUGGCCCUCCCGUCUUCCAGUGCUAA